AUGGCAGAUGGCAAUGGCAGUGGCAGUGGCAGUGGGCUGGGGGCUGGAUCUACGGAUCCCGCGCCUCAAAGCUCGUCGAAUAUGCCCAGCCAGCGUGCACCUGCGACCGAAAAUGUCGACGCAUCCCCUGCCGCGAUGGAGGGCACGUUGGGGGAUGCCGGCCUGCUCUCGGAGACCUGGAGCCACGGCGACCGCUGGGCUUGA